AUGCCAGAAAAUUUGAAUGGAUAUCAGCUUUCAAGUCCGUAUUGGAGACCAAAUCAAGUGAAUACUUAUAUCUGUUCUUCCUCUUUUUAUUUUAGCUGGACUAGACCAAUUUUGAGGAAAGGGUACAGACAGCGCCUGGAAUUGUCAGACAUUUACCAGAUCCCUUCUGCUGAUUCUGCUGACAAUCUAUCUGAAAAAUUGGAAAGAGAAUGGGAUAGAGAGCUGGCUUCAAAGAAAAAUCCCAAACUCAUUAAUGCCCUUCGGCGAUGCUUUUUCUGGAGAUUUAUGUUCUAUGGAAUCUUAUUAUAUUUAGGGGAAGUCACCAAAGCAGUACAGCCUCUUUUACUGGGAAGAAUCAUAGCUUCCUAUGAUCCAGAUAACAAGGCGGAACGUUCCAUAGCGAUUUACCUAGGCAUAGGCUUAUGCCUUCUCUUUAUCGUGAGGACGCUACUCCUACACCCAGCCAUCUUUGGCCUUCAUCACAUUGGAAUGCAGAUGAGAAUAGCUAUGUUUAGUUUGAUUUAUAAGAAGAUUUUAAAGCUGUCAAGCCGGGUUCUAGAUAAAAUAAGUAUUGGACAACUUGUAAGUCUCCUUUCCAACAACCUGAACAAAUUUGAUGAAGGACUUGCAUUGGCUCAUUUCGUGUGGAUUGCCCCUUUGCAAGUAAUGCUUCUGAUGGGGCUGCUCUGGGAUUUGCUACAGGCCUCUGCCUUCUGUGGACUUGGGUUCCUGAUAGUCCUCGCCCUUUUUCAAGCUGGGUUAGGGAGAAUGAUGAUGAAGUACAGAGAUCAGAGAGCAGGAAAGAUCAAUGAAAGACUCGUGAUCACCUCAGAAAUGAUUGAAAAUAUCCAGUCUGUUAAGGCAUACUGCUGGGAGGAAGCAAUGGAAAAAAUGAUUGAAAACCUAAGACAAACAGAACUAAAACUGACCCGGAAGGCAGCCUAUGUGAGAUACUUCAAUAGCUCAGCCUUCUUCUUCUCAGGGUUCUUUGUGGUGUUUUUAUCUGUGCUUCCUUAUGCACUGAUCAAAGGAAUCAUCCUUCGAAAAAUAUUCACAACCAUCUCAUUCUGCAUUGUUCUGCGCAUGGCAGUCACUCGGCAAUUUCCGUGGGCUGUACAAACAUGGUAUGAUUCUCUUGGAGCAAUAAACAAAAUACAGGAUUUCUUACAAAAGCAAGAAUAUAAGACCUUGGAAUAUAACUUAACAACUACAGAAGUAGUGAUGGAGAAUGUAACAGCAUUCUGGGAGGAGGGAUUUGGGGAAUUAUUUGAGAAAGCAAAACAAAACAGUGACAACAGAAAAAUUUCCAAUGGUGAUAACAGUCUCUUCUUCAGUAAUUUAGGACUUCUUGGUACUCCUGUCCUGAAAGAUAUCAGUUUCAAGAUAGAAAGAGGACAGUUGUUGGCAGUUGCUGGAUCUACUGGAGCAGGCAAGACUUCACUUCUAAUGAUGAUUAUGGGAGAACUGGAGCCUUCAGAGGGCAAAAUUAAGCACAGUGGAAGAAUUUCAUUCUGCUCUCAGUUUUCCUGGAUCAUGCCUGGCACCAUUAAAGAAAACAUCAUCUUUGGCGUUUCCUAUGAUGAGUAUAGAUAUAGGAGUGUCAUCAAAGCAUGCCAACUAGAAGAGGAUAUCUCCAAGUUUGCAGAGAAAGACAAUAUAGUUCUUGGAGAAGGUGGAAUCACACUGAGUGGAGGUCAACGAGCAAGAAUUUCUUUAGCAAGAGCAGUAUAUAAAGAUGCUGAUUUGUACUUAUUAGACUCUCCUUUUGGAUACCUAGAUGUUUUAACAGAAAAGGAAAUAUUUGAAAGCUGCGCCACACAGCUGAUGGCUAACAAAACUAGGAUUUUGGUCACUUCUAAAAUGGAACAUUUAAAGAAAGCUGACAAAAUAUUAAUUUUACAUGAAGGUAGCAGCUAUUUUUAUGGGACAUUUUCUGAACUACAAAAUCUACGGCCGGACUUUAGCUCAAAGCUCAUGGGAUAUGAUUCUUUCGACCAGUUUAGUGCAGAAAGAAGAAAUUCAAUCCUAACUGAGACCUUACGCCGUUUCUCAUUAGAAGGAGAUGCUACUGUCUCCUGGAAUGAAACAAAAAGACAAUCCUUUAAACAGACCGGAGAGAUUGGAGAAAAAAGGAAAAAUUCUAUUCUCAAUUCAAUCAACUCUAUAAGAAAAUUUUCCGUUGUACAAAAGACUCCAUUACAAAUGAGUGGCAUUGAAGAGGAUUCUGAUGAGCCUUCGGAGAGAAGGCUGUCCUUAGUUCCAGAUUCUGAGCAGGGGGAGGCAAUCCUGCCGCGAAGCAAUGUGAUCAACACUGGCCCCACGUUUCAGGGACGAAGGAGGCAGUCUGUUCUGAAUCUGAUGACACAUUCAGUUAACCAAGGUCAAAGCGUUCACCGAAUGACCACAGCAUCCACACGAAAAAUGUCGAUAGCCCCUCCGGCAAAUCUGACUGAAAUGGAUAUAUAUUCAAGACGGUUAUCUCAAGAAAGUAGCUUGGAAAUAAGUGAAGAAAUUAAUGAAGAAGAUUUAAAGGAGUGCUUUUUUGAUGAUGUGGAGAGCAUACCAGCAGUGACUACCUGGAACACAUACCUUCGGUACAUUACUGUCCACAAGAGCUUAAUUUUUGUACUGAUUUGGUGCUUAGUUAUUUUUCUGGCUGAGGUGGCUGUUUCUUUGGUCCUGUUGUGGCUACUUGGAAACAUCCCUGCUUACAACAAAGGGAAUGGUACUACAAGUGCAAAUAACAGCUAUGCAGUGAUUAUCACCAGCACCAGCGCCUAUUAUGUGUUUUACAUUUACGUGGGAGUAGCCGAUACUUUGCUUGCUCUGGGAUUCUUCAGGGGUCUGCCACUCGUGCAUACUCUCAUCACAGUGUCAAAAAUUUUACACCACAAAAUGUUACAUUCUGUUCUUCGAGCACCCAUGUCAACCCUCAACGCAUUAAAAGCAGGUGGGAUUCUUAAUAGAUUCUCCAAAGAUAUAGCAAUCUUGGAUGAUCUUCUGCCUCUUACCAUAUUUGACUUCAUCCAGGUUUGCAGGAGUCCAAUUUUCACUCAUCUUGUUACAAGUUUAAAAGGACUAUGGACGCUUCGUGCAUUUGGACGGCAGCCUUACUUUGAAACUCUUUUCCACAAAGCUCUGAAUUUACAUACUGCGAACUGGUUCUUGUACCUAUCAACACUGCGCUGGUUCCAAAUGAGAAUAGAAAUGGUUUUUGUCAUCUUCUUCAUUGUUGUUACCUUCAUUUCCAUUUUAACAACAGGCAACUCUUUUCUGUUCAGGAAGCAGCAGCCUGAGGUCAAUGAGUUUGCCAAUCCACAGUCACUGACAAUUGCCAAAUCUGAAUUUCCAUCCAGUACAAUCUAUUUGGCUGGACAAUGGCAUAGUAGUUUUCAGAUGCGAUCUGUGAGCCGAAUCUUUAAGUUUAUUGACAUACCAACAGAAGAAGGUAAAUCUACCAAGUCAAUCAAACCAUCCAAGGAUUGCCAGCUCUCAAAAGUUAUGAUUUUUGAGAAUCCACACGUGAAGAAAGAUGACAUCUGGCCCUCAGGAGGCCAAAUGACUGUCAAAGACCUCACAGCAAGAUAUAUAGACAGUGGGAAUGCCAUAUUAGAGAACAUUUCCUUCUCAAUAAGUCCUGGCCAGAGGGUGGGCCUCUUGGGAAGAACUGGAUCAGGGAAGAGUACCUUGUUAUCGGCUUUUUUGAGACUACUGAACACUGAAGGAGAAAUCCAGAUUGAUGGUGUGUCUUGGGAUUCAAUAACUUUGCAACAGUGGAGGAAAGCCUUUGGAGUGAUACCGCAGAAAGUGUUUAUCUUUUCUGGAACAUUUAGAAAAAACUUGGAUCCCUAUGAACAGUGGAGUGAUCAAGAAAUAUGGAAAGUUGCAGAUGAGGUUGGACUCAGAUCUGUGAUAGAGCAGUUUCCUGGGAAGCUUGAUUUUGUCCUUGUGGAUGGAGGCUAUGUCCUAAGCCAUGGCCACAAGCAGUUGAUGUGCUUGGCCAGAUCUGUUCUCAGUAAGGCAAAGAUCUUGCUGCUUGAUGAACCCAGUGCUCAUUUGGAUCCGAUAACAUACCAAAUAAUUAGAAGAACUCUAAAACAAGCAUUUGCUGAUUGCACAGUAAUCCUCUGUGAACACAGGAUAGAAGCAAUGUUGGAAUGCCAACGAUUUUUGGUCAUAGAGGAGAACAACGUGCGGCAGUAUGAUUCCAUCCAGAAACUGCUGAGCGAGAAGAGCCUCUUCCGGCAGGCCAUCAGCCCCUCGGACAGGAUGAAGCUCUUCCCCCACCGGAACUCAAGCAAGCGCAAGUCUCGACCCCCCAUCACUGCUCUGAAAGAGGAGACAGAAGAAGAGGUGCAGGAAACCAGGCUUUAGAGAGCAGUGCAAAUGUUUGCGUGGGACAUUUGCUCAUGGAGUCAGAGAAGGAAACAGUUG